CCAUGGAGAGAGCUACCUGAGUCCGUUGGCAACCUAGCCCACACCAAGAAGCAACACAGUAAUUGGGAGGACGCAGGACAUCCACAGGCCGUGAGAUACAGCAAAGUUCCAUAAGAAGUCAUUUGAAGUUGAAGACGAACAACAAACAGUACUUUACAGAAGUGAAGACAUACUUUCUUUCAACAUGGCAGAUGAGUGGGGAAAUUCUGUUUACGCUGCCAGAAGACGAGGCGAUGACACGACCAGGGAGACUUCCUUCACAUACACCAACAGCAACAACACUAAAGAUCCUUUUGAGGGGCCCAACUACCAAAUUGCCCCGAGGUGGUGCUACAACCUUGCCACAGUGUGGAUGUUUAUUGUGGUCGUUCUCUCUGUGUUCACUAACGGCCUGGUCCUGGUGGCCACAGCAAAGUUCAAGAAGCUCCGCCACCCUCUCAACUGGAUUUUGGUCAAUCUGGCUAUUGCUGAUCUUGGAGAGACAGUUUUAGCCAGCACCAUUAGUGUAAUUAACCAGUUCUUUGGCUACUUCAUCCUGGGACACCCCAUGUGCAUUUUCGAGGGCUACACUGUGUCUGUCUGCGGUAUCGCUGCUCUGUGGUCCCUGACUAUCAUCUCUUGGGAGAGAUGGGUGGUUGUGUGCAAACCCUUCGGAAAUGUCAAGUUCGAUGCCAAGUGGGCCUCUGGAGGAAUUAUAUUCUCAUGGGUGUGGGCAGCAGUCUGGUGCGCACCUCCCAUCUUUGGCUGGAGCAGGUAUUGGCCUCAUGGUCUGAAGACUUCCUGUGGACCUGAUGUGUUCAGUGGAAGUGAUGACCCAGGAGUCCAGUCCUACAUGAUUGUUCUGAUGACCACCUGCUGCUUCCUCCCCCUGUCAAUCAUCAUCCUCUGCUACAUUGCUGUCUGGAUGGCCAUUCGCGCUGUAGCCGCACAGCAGAAAGACUCUGAGUCAACACAGAAGGCUGAGAAGGAGGUGUCCAGGAUGGUGGUCAUCAUGAUCAUUGCAUAUAUUGUCUGCUGGGGACCAUACACAUGCUUUGCCUGUUUCGCUGCAGCUAACCCAGGAUAUGCAUUCCAUCCUUUGGCUGCAUCCAUCCCUGCCUACUUUGCCAAGAGCGCCACCAUCUACAACCCUAUUAUCUAUGUCUUCAUGAACCGACAGUUCCGCACAUGUAUCAUGCAGCUCUUUGGCAAGGAGGCUGAUGAUGGAUCUGAAACGUCCACAUCCAAAACAGAAGUCUCCUCCGUGGCACCAGCAUAAAUUCUCCAACUCACCCCAUUGCUUGGAUCAAAUUCUUGAGCGCCUGGAAAAGAGAAAUCAAAUGGGACUUUUUGUACAGUGUGUAUUCCAUGUCUAAGAUAUUUUUUGUUUGUUUCACUGAAAUGCUGUCCAUUGAGAAGAAUGGAUGAUGUUCAGUGAGUGUAAAUGCAUCACCCUCUCAAAACUGCAAUCAGUUCUAUGGAUUAGCCUUUUGAGAUUUCAGUCAUCUGCAAGGCCUACUAAAGCCAGCAGUCACAAUAAGGACACAGGACGUAAGUGUGUAUAACCAUCAUCAUAUGUAUGCAAAAAAGGUGCAUACAACAUCAUAUCUGUAUAGGUGACAUGAAGAGGCAACCAGAGAUGGGAGUCCCUGCUCCUUCACAGAGAUGUGGGACAAGAAGGCCUCACAGUUCUGAAAAGAAAAUGCUCAUUUAACAAUCACUGAAAAGCUUGCUUGCAACCUUUGUAAUGUGAAAGGUUUUGUGAGUUGUUGUGCAUUUACAACUUU